AAUUCAAUCCGUCACAACUUGUCUCUGCACAGCAAGUUCAUCAGAGUGCAGAAUGAGGGAACAGGGAAGAGUUCCUGGUGGAUGCUCAAUCCUGAAGGUUUAUCUCCUAGGAGGCGAGCAGCGUCCAUGGAUAACAACAGCAAGUUCGCCAAAAGCAGAGGCAGAGCUGCCAAGAAAAAAGCAUCCCUUCAGUCUGGUCAAGAGGGAAACGGUGACAGCCCAGGAUCACAGUUCUCAAAGUGGCCUGCAAGCCCCAGCUCUCACAGUAACGAUGACUUUGAUAACUGGAGUACAUUUCGACCUAGAACCAGCUCUAAUGCUAGUACGAUUAGCGGAAGACUUUCUCCAAUUUUGCCGGAGCAAGAUGAUCUUGGAGAUGGGGAUGUGCACUCCAUGGUAUACCCAUCAUCAGCCACCAAAAUGACUUCUACUCUACCCAGCCUUUCAGAGAUGAGUAAUUCUGAGAACAUGGAGAAUCUUUUGGAUAACCUUAAUCUCUUGUCACCUAAUACGUCAAUGACUGUGUCAACCCAGUCUUCAUCUGCUACCCUGAUGCAGCAAACACCAGGUUAUUCGUUCGCAUCCUCGACAACAAGUAUAGGUUCACCAAAUCCAGACUACAGGAAAUUUACGUAUGCUCAAGCUAGCAUGAACUCUUUGCCCCAGAUUCCUAUGCAGACUCUUCAAGACAGUAAAUCAAGCUAUGGAUCGAUGAGCCAAUAUAACUGUCCUGCAGGACUUCUGAAGGAGUUACUGACUUCCGAUUCUCCACCGCACAAUGAUAUGUUGGCAUCAGUAGACACUGGUGUUUCCCAGGCUGGUGGCAGGGCGCUGGGCCAAAGCGUGCUGAUGGUGGCUAACUCGGUGAUGCCAACUUAUGGCAGUCAACCGCCCCACAACAAAAUGAUGAACCCUAACGCCCGCCCUCACCAAGGACAUAACCAGCCAACACCUGCAGUUAAUGGUCGUGCCUUGUCACACACAGUGAACACCAUGUCGCAUACUUCAGGUCUAAAUCGCUUGUCGACAGUGAAGACUUCGUUACAAGUGCCUAUGAGUCACCCGAUGCAGAUGAAUGCUAUGAACCCGUACGCCCCUGUUAACAGUUGCAAUGGCUAUGGAAGGGUGGGAAUUGUUUCCCUCCACCAGGAGAAGCUUCCCAGUGACUUAGAUGACAUGUUAAUUGAACGGUUGGACUGUGACAUGGAGUCGAUUAUCCGUAAUGACCUUAUGGAUGGAGAAACGUUAGAUUUUAACUUUGACAGUGUAUUGCCUAACCAAAGUUUUCAGCACAGCGUAAAGACAACCACACACAGUUGGGUGUCAGGCUAGGAUGUGGUAGGAGGCUACGAUUAAAUUCUUCAGACUUGUCUGACAGCAGGAACUGAGAAAAGCAGUACAAAGAUGUCCUUCACCUUCCUUUUUAAUUUUCUUGACAAAGCUGUGCGCAUGCACUAGCUUUUUUUUGGGUCUUUUUUUUUCUUCUUUUUUCUUCCUUUCGUCAGAGUUGGCAGCAGACAGAAUAUUUUCCUGUACAGGAUGUUUGCCCAAGAUUUGCAGGUUAUGUGCUGCUGUAGAUAAGAACUGUGCCAUUGGAAAUUUCAUUACUCUGAAGUGCCAAAUUCACUACACCAUAUAAUCACAGCAAAGACUCUUACUUACAUCAUGUGUGCUUUCGGUUUUGUACAGUAUGAUCUGUAGAAGAAGAAUUGUUUUUUAAGACUAUCUGUUUUGGUCCAAGAAAAGUUUAUAAACUUUUGUAAGAAUACUGUGAUGAUCUCAUGCCCUAAGUAAGUUUAACCUUCGUUGAUGUUACCUGUGUUCUGAUGAAUUGAGAUAACUGUGGACUUGCCUUGCAGCAGUAUGAACUGCUUUAUUUUACUCAAAAUUGCCACACAUUUCAUAUGGGAACAGAAUAGCCUGUUAAACAUGAUGCUACUAAACUCACUGACUAUUCAAAGCAAACAGUAGGUUAAAUGCCAUUUGAUAAGUUACCUGUAUUCAUGUAAAUUUAUGCAAGCAUAUAUCUGGAUUUCAUUGUCAGACUAAUGACUUUAUUGUUGGACUUAAGAUAAUUUUUGGAAUACUUUCCAAGCUAUUUUUCUUAUAAUUAAAGUCUACUUUUGUUACAUAGGCAACUUAAAAAAAAUAAAUAUCUGAGAUCUGGCAGCAUUCAUAACCUCUUCAUUUUGUACAGUAUUUUAACUGGAUUAAGUACAUGUUUUUAUAAAUUUCCCUAGCACUUGGGAGUGCUAAUAAAGGAAAAGCUUAAUAAGUAUCUUGAAUACAAAACAUUUCUGUCCCUUUUUUUGUUGUGUGAUGUAUAAAUAUAGACAACUUUUUGUUUAGGAAAUAUUUAAUCAGUUUUAUAUAUGCAUUUUUAGAAAUGUCAUCUGCUUCUACUAUCAUUUUAACUCUGACUACCACGAAGUGUUAAGUAUUCAUUGUUAGAUGCUUGUACAAUGCUUCACAUUUAUAUUUAUUUCACGGAGGUCUCAUAAUGUUUGUGCAUUCAAGAGCAGGACCUUUUAGUGAAAAUCCAUAAUUAAAAAAAAAAAGAAAAAGACAAAAUUGUCGUUUGUUCAAAUUAGCACUAGUUUUAGGGUCUGACUGUUUCUGUUGUAGUGCAGUAUGUUUCAAGAGGCAAAAGUGCUACUUUUCAGUGGGAGGCUAAAACUUUUAUGAGCCCCUAUUACACAGC